AUGGCGUUGGCUGUCUUUGUGGCAGCGAUCAUCGCGGCCUUGGCUGCCGCGAAACCAGAGCCAAUUGCAUCGGAUACUUGGAUUUUGCCUCUUUCGCAUCAGGGCGAUGUCAACCACAGGCGGUUGCUGAGGGCCGCAGAUGAAGAUAGGGUAAUAAGUACGUCGACGGUGGAGAGUCUGGUCAAGUCUGCCGUCUCCACUGAGCAACUCAAGGCGUGGGCCAAGAAGGGUGAUACAACGAACUACGUUUUCAAGGCGUUGCAGCUCCAGAAGGCGGGGGAUAACCUUCUGGAUAACCCGCAGCUGGCCGCUCUGAUCAGCUACUUGAGGUUAUUUAACGAGGCAAACCCCGCCAAAAAGACGACUUUGAUCGCGACGCUCACGACUCACUAUGGCAACCAAGACCUGGCCAGGAUCAUUGAAGCGGGACAGCAGGUUCCAAAGACCGCUCGGAUGGCGAAUCGAUUGCAGACUGAGCAGAUCCAGCUCUGGAUGGGUCAAGGCAAAAGCCCCGAGCAAGUCUUUGGGCUUCUGAAGCUGAACAAGUUUUGGCCAUUUGGUUGGGUGUCGUCCGACCUUUUCAGUAAGCCUGGACUCACCACUUGGAUCAAAUAUCUGGAUGAUUUUAACGAGGCGAAUCCCGAUAAGAAGAAGACGUUGAUCUCGAUUCUGUCAGCUCGAUACAGCGACAAAACACUAGCGAAUAUGUUGAUCGAGGCGAACAAGGUUCGUGGUACGAGCAGCAUCGCCAAGCGAAUUCAAACCGAGCAGACACAACUUUGGUUAAAAAAAGGCCUCCAGCCUGACGACAUCUUCACGAUGUUGCAGCUGGAGAAGGCAGGAGAUACGCUUUUCGAGAACCCUCUCUUCAGUGCUUGGAUCAAGUACGCGGACGAUUUCCGAUUGCUUUACGACACCGGCCUAGCCACCAUGUCCACUUUGAUCAGCCACAAGCCGUCGCGAAGAUGA